CUCCGAGCGGACAAUUGUCCAGAUGACCAGGUGAAGAUGGAGACACAUCCUCUGUCUGCUUUACUCCUUGUGUUGGUCCUCAGUAUCCCCACUGUGUGUGGUAAAGAGUCCACAGUGACUGUGUCCUGCCCAGAGAACCAAAAGGCCUAUAAUGGUUCAUGUUAUGAGUUUGUGACCCUGCAGUGGAGCUUCUUUAACGCUCAGGCCGAGUGUGAGCGCAACCAUGGACAUCUGGCCUUCAUUCAUAAUGAAGAAACACAGCAGUUUCUCCAGAAACAUCUGCAGCCGGAGCACAACUGGUGGCUCGGGUUAGCGUCUGAAUCCUUCAGCCUGAGCUCGCCGUCUUCUGAAGGUGAGAUGGUCUUCAUAAUGCUGGGUAGAAGUCUGUUCUUCUGGUUGGAUGGAUCUGACCUGAGUUACUCUAACUGGCUCGGGGAGGCCGUGUCCGGUGCCAGCUGUGGCUACAUCGCCAAAGAAUCAGAUUUUCAAUGGGGAGCAACCAGUAACUGCAGCCAGAAGUUCUUCUUUAUCUGCGAGUUUGAAUCAGGACAGAGCCUCGCCUGUGUGGACAACAACGCCAUGCUGAAGUGUGAUUCCGGGCAGGUCAUAGAGAUCGAUGAGAGCUUCUACGGUAGGAGCACAGUGCACUACUGCAGAGCCAACCAUUCUCUUUCGCACACAUCUGGACAGGACCGGUGCAGCUGGACGGAUGUGGAGCGUGUGGUAUCAGACUUCUGCAAAGGUCAGCGAGUUUGUGAGGUUCCUGGAGAUACACCAGCCUUUGGAGAGCCUUGUCCGCAACUGGGAAGUUACCUGUCUGUAAAAUAUCACUGCAAAAACGAACCCCAAGUAUCAGCAAGUGAUGAAGCCAAAAUCUCUUCAAAGGUUAAAAGGUCGGAUGAAGAUGAUGAUUGCACAUGCAAAGACUUACAUGACAACAAUAAGGCUAAAAUUAAAAUCAAGUGUUUGACAAACUGUAAUAAUGAAAUAAAUGUCAACAGUGAUAUUUCUCUACAAUCAGACCCAAAGGACGUGACAAGCGUUGAGUGGUUUUUCGUACAGAGGAACGGUGAAGUUGUUAUAUCUCCAUGCAACGAAGACAGUGACAGUCAAAUACAUCUGAGUGUAAGGCUUGGAAAUUCGAACAUUUAUAAUGUUUCAAGUACAGUCUUGAAAACACUUCUUCUUUCUGACACCACUAUUGUAGUAAAAGGAUAUAUAAAGAAAGACGUCGGUUAUGGUUGCUACAACAUUCAACUCCCCAUACCCACCACACCAGCCAAGAAUCCACAAUCCACAAACCAAAAACCAACCAAAUUCACGGUGAGCCCACAAACCAGAAGUACAGCCACCAAAGUACUUCAAUGUACAAGUGAUCUACCCACGCCCAGCUGUAACAUUUCCCCUAACAAUGGGGAUGUUUUCACUCUGUUCAACAUCAGCUGCAUCAUAAACCAGGAUUUUUGCUGUUCUGGGCUUUGCUCAUUCUCUGUGAAAACCUCUAAAGGUGAUUAUGUACAUCAUGGCAAUCAGAUGACCAUGCCAAACUUGUAUCUUCCUCGGGGUAGAAUUCAGCUAGUGGUCACUAUUACAAAUACUGCUGCUCAGACAAUCAGGACUACACUCCCUGUUGAAGUCAGUCUAUAAGCAUUAUCUGUAUGGAAUACUAUGUCACAAGUCGUGUCCAUGCAGCAAGCAGGGACGCUUUCAGCCCCCAUGAUGGCGAGGGUGUUUGAUACCAUUUUGGAUAAGAUGAACAACAGUUAUAGUGAAGAUGAUAAGAAAAAGCUUGUAGAGAGAAUGUCUACAUCUUUGUACGCUGCGGUUGCCAAUGAAACUACGGUCUAUCUUCAAGAAGAGAUAAAGAGCAUUUCUUCCACUAUGCUAAGCCUUGUCACACAUGAAAAUCACCUGAUGCCUAAUGCCUUGACAGCAGCAUACGGUGUCCUUGAACACAUUAGCAAUAACCAAAUGGCUUUGUCAAAUGGGCAUGGAAAUGAUAUCGGAGCCAGUGCAGCUUCGCUUAUUGUUUCUUCAGCCAGUAUUCUCUUCAAAGUUUCUGAUAAAAUUGACCAACAGACCUCUGAAUCAUUACUCAAGACAAUGAACCAAGUACAGAGUGCCAUGCUCCUUAAUAAAUCGAUAAACACAGAGCCAAUAUUACUCAAUUCUCCACUGAUUAAUCUGUAUGUGAAUAGGCUGACACCAAAUCAUCUCAAUGAGUCCCAAAUCAGCAGUGGGAACAUUUCAGCUGCCUUCUCACUUCCAUCUUCAGUUUCUCGUCUGGUUCCUUCAGAUGAGCCAGUGAAUUUACGAAUGAUGAGCUUUGAGAAAAACCCUUUUGCUUGGAACCAAGAUGAAGAGAUUACUGGAACAGUUGGGAGUCUCUCUCUUACCAGGGAUAAUGGCUCUGUUAUUCCAGUGGAAAAUCUUGAUGAGGAAAUUGAGAUUUUUUUACCAUCACUGGGUGCUGUGGCUUCAAACAGAACAUUUCUGAACCUGACAACUCACAGCACUAUGGCUAUCAAUGUGACUGCUCCAAACAGUACUCUGGUGGUGAAAUUGGAGCCUUCAGAUGAGACACCUUUGAUGUUACAUCUGGGAUUUCAAUACUAUCCAAAUGACACCAGAUAUGAGGCCAAGAUCCAAUUCCCUCAACCAGAUGUCUCACAAGAGAUCAAAUAUACGUGGGUGCUGAACCCCAAGGAUGUAGCACUAGAAGUGGGAGUUUACUAUCUUCUAGUGAGGCCUAUUGUAUCAGCAGGUGUGAACUCCUCAAACGCGUCAGUGUUCAUCACAUCAGCUGCCGCUAGCUGCAAGUACUGGAAUGAGAAAAACAACAGCUGGAAUGAAUAUGGCUGUCGAGUUGGCCCUCGCACCACAUCACUGGUUACUCAGUGCCUGUGCACGCACCUGACAGCUUUUGGGAGCUCGUUCUUUGUCAUGCCCAACACGGUUGACGUGUCUCGCACUGCUGAGCUUUUUUCUACAUUUGUCAACAACCCCGUGGUAGUAUGUUUUGUUGGUGCCCUAUUCCUGGCCUACAUUAUAGCAGUGAUAUGGGCAUACAGGAAGGACCUUCAGGACAAAAUAAAGGUGAGAAUCACAGUGCUAGAAGAUAAUGACCCAUUGGCUGAAUAUCGUUACUUAGUGGCUGUCGUUACGGGGCAUCGCCAUGGAGCUGCCACCACGUCUCAUGUUACACUGACGCUAAUCGGCACUGUUUGGGAGAGUAAGCCUCACCAUCUGACUGAUCCAGAAAAAACUGUCUUUACUAGGGGAGGGGUGGACAUAUUUAUGCUCACCACUCCUUUCUCUCUUGGAGAUCUGCAAAGCAUCAGGCUGUGGCAUGACAACUCUGGCGAGCAUCCUGAUUGGUAUGUCAGUAAGGUGAUGGUGCAGGAUCUGGAGACUGGACAGACAUGGCAUUUCUUGUGCAAUUCAUGGCUGGCCAUUGAUUUUGGGGGCUGCACUCUGGACAAGGUGGUCCAUACAGCAUCUGAGAAGGACUUAAAAAGUUUCCACAAUCUCGUUUUCACGAAGACGGCAAAAGACUUGAGCGACGGUCACAUCUGGUACUCUGUCAUAAACCGACCUGCCAACAGUAAUUUCAGUCGAGUACAGCGUGUCUCUUGCUGUUUCUCCUUGCUGCUCUGUACCAUGCUAACCAGCAUCAUGUUCUGGGGGGUUCCCAAAGACCCCUCUGAGCAAGACAUGGAAAUAGGCACUAUCAAGUUCAACAUCCAACAACUGAUGAUCGGCAUCCAGAGUUCCAUUAUUAUGUUCCCUGUCAACCUCUUGAUUGUGACCAUAUUCAGAAGCACCCAGCCUCGAAAAAAGAAAGCGGUAGCAAUAAUUCAAGACUCCAAAUCUGGAUCUCCAAAGCAGGAGAAAAAACUUGCAGAAAGAUGGCACAUUCAGACAGACAUGACGACUGAGAUUGUUGUCAAAGACGUAAAGAAAAUCAUUCGGGCCCUAGCCAAGGCAGUGCAGUGUCCCGUUCCAAAUGCAGCACAGGAAUCUGAAACAACAGACAUCAACACUUUAUUAUUUGUCCUGGAAGACAUCAUUCGGCAGCAGAAUUUCACUCUUAGCAAAUUUUCUGUAGAAGAUCCCGAAAACGAUCACUUCUUAGUCUAUAAGCUCUAUCGCAACUAUCUCUACAAACAGCUCCGGAAUUUGGAAAAACAGCUGAGGCUGCUGGGUCCAUCGCAGUUCCCAACGCCACAGGGCCACAUUCAGGCUGUGCUUCAGGUUCGAGGUAUGAAACAGUUGCUAGAGCCGUAUCUCUACUCCAACCCAAUGGGCAACGAGGUCCACAAUGCUGGCUCUGAAGAAGAGAAAAAGAAGAAAAAAUGGUAUCAGAAACGCUUACCCUGGUGGUUUGUGAUCGUGGGCUGGAUUCUCAUCUUGGCCACCAGUGGCGUGUCAGCAUACUUCAUCAUGAUGUAUGGGCUGACAUAUGGAAAAGAGCGCUCCAUCAAUUGGCUCAUUUCUAUCUCAGUGUCAUUCUUUGAGAGUUUGUUCCUCACCCAGCCUAUAAAAGUAUUUGGAUUUGCAAUCUUCUUUGCUCUAGUGGUGAAAAAGGUUCAAAGUGAGGAUAUGAAUUAUGUUCAUCUGUUUAAAGACAUGACACUUACCUACUCAGAGGAUCCUGAUGAUGUACGCAUUUCCAGAAGGGAUAGCACAUGCACGUUCUACCAGCCCCCUACUCCUGCUGCCACUGAGAAAAUGAAGGAAAACUAUAUCAAAAAUCAGAAAGCUAUUGCCUUAUUCAAGGAGAUUAUCAUUUAUGUGGCGUUUAUGUGCGUACUGCUCUUGGCUACGUAUGGUCAGCGUGAUCCAAAUGCUUAUUAUCUCACUCAGCACAUUCAGAAAAGUUUCAGCACUGGUAUCACUGACAGCAUGAGCCCCGGAGAUGUGUUUACCUGGGCAAAUAACGUCCUCAUCGGAAACCUCUACGGAAAACCUCCAGGCUUCAUCACAGAUGGAAACUCAAAGCUUGUGGGAAGUGCCCGUGUCCGGCAGAUUCGAGUGCACAAGGACUCGUGCAAAAUUUCUAAAGUCAUGCAACGUGCUGUUCAUGAUUGUCAUGCACCAUACUCUUGGGAUAUAGAGGACAUGGGCUCCUAUGGUCCACGCUGGAAUCGUUCAAGAAAUAUAAAUAUGACUAAGACCCUCCUGAUGUCCUGGCAAUACCAAACCCAGUCCAAACUUAGGGGGCACCCUAUCUGGGGUACCAUGGCUUUCUACAGAGGUGGAGGAUUUGUACUAGACCUGGGUCUUGACCCACAACAAGCAAGCAGCAUGUUACAGUACCUGUUUAACAACACGUGGUUGGAUGUAUACACACGAGCAAUCUUCGUCGAGUUCACAGUCUACAACGCAAAUGUUAACCUCUUCUGUAUUGUGACCCUGAUGCUAGAAACCACCGCAGUGGGAGCCUUCCAGUACGGCAGCGAGCUGCAUACUUUACGUCUUUACCACACCACGAAUGGCAUUAAUAUACUGGCCUCUGAGAUCAUUUAUUUCCUUUUCAUUCUCUAUUAUAUGUUUUUGCAGAUCAAGAGAAUCAAGCAGCAGAAAUUGCAGUACUUCAGGAGCAAGUAUAACCUUUUAGAACUGGCCAUUAUUCUUUUGAGUUUGGGUGCAUUGGGAAUGAUCAUCAAUAGGACGAUUCAGGGAAAACAGGAUCUGGAGUAUUUUCAGAAGCACAAAGACCAAUUCACAAGCUUCUACAACACCGUCUCAGCAGACACAAGCCUGGGGUACAUUUUGGCUUUCCUGAUUCUGCUGAGCACCAUCAAAAUGUGGCACCUCAUGCGCCUCAACUCCAAACUGAACUUGAUCACCUGUGCCCUCCAGCGAGCGUGGAACGACAUCUCCAGCUUCAUUGUGGUCCUGAUCAUUAUGGUCCUAGCCUACUCCAUUAUGAGCAAUUUGCUGUUUGGUUGGAUUCUGUCCACAUACAAGACACUCCAAGAUUCCAUGUUGGCGAUUAUCGCCUUACAGCUUGGCAUCUUCAAUUAUGAAGAGAUCCUGAAUGUGAACCCAGUGCUUGGUGCAUUCCUAAUUCUCUCUUGCGUCAUCUUCCUGACAUUCGUGGUGCUGAACCUUUUCAUCGCAGUCAUCCUUGAUGCUUUCAGUCAUGAGCAAAAGCACUACAAGCCAUCUGACGAGGAGGAAAUAGUCGACCUGAUGAUGACAAAGAUCUGCAAGAUGUUUGGCAUCACAGUGAAGAAGAAGAAAUGAUGAAGAAAACCAAACCCUUCCUUACACUUUGUCACGUGCUUGAGAUGUAGCUGUUCUCUUUGUGUAGCUGAAGUUGAUGAACAAACUGUUCAAUGGGAAUUUUGCUUUUAAUUUAUCUGAAUAAAAAAGCAAAUGGGAAGAAAAAACAUCGAUUUAACAGUCGUUCCACGAAAUCGAGUCGUACGUGAGCCGAUAGUCGAUGAGGUGCAUAGCACCGGGUUGGCGAUAAGCCAUGUACGAUGAGUGAGUGGAAUAACUGUUUUAUUCUCUUUACAUUCACUGGAUUUUGAGAAACGGAGCAUUUUUUAAAUUUUUUUGCAAAUUUGAUAAAUAAAAACUUUAUGCCAAAUGUCCAACAAAAUCAUUUCUGCUUUGGCGGACUUCUUAGAAACUUAUCGAUUGUGGCAUGAAUUGACUUUAGCGUUGGUUUUUUUGUAGAAAGCGCCGUCUGGCUGUCGUGCCGAGGUAUAGAAUAGCUUUAGACAUUUAUUACCUCGCCCGUGAUGGAGUAAGCGGGGCGCGGUAUUGUAAUUAGUGCGAUUUGUUUGUUUGUCUGUCUGUCAACAAUCUAGAGUCUAGACGGUUGCACCGAUUGACUUCAAAUUUUCAGAGUAGGUGGGCAAUGGUCCGUAGAUUACCUGAUUAAAUUUUGGGGGUAAUCAGGUCAAGGUGAAGGUCACAGGAAAGGUCAACCUUUCGGUCAAAAUAACACAUUUUCCAUUAGAACUCAAAAACGGUUGUUGAUAGACAGAGGUUUACUAUCAUGAACAUAUAGGAACUUCUAUAUGGCCUUUCAUUUGGCACCAUGAUCUUUGAUCUUGAGUGAGCUUAAAAAGGUCAAACUCAAGGCCAUGGGUUUUCAAAGGGCUAUAACUUUAAAAUGGUUCAUGAUAGCCAUAUGUUUGCCAUUAUCAACAUAUACAGUAAGAAGUCCCAUAUGGGCUUUCAGAUGCCGCCAUGACCUUUGACCUUGAAUGACUCUGAAAUGUCAAACUCAAGGUCAUGGAUUUUCAUAGGACUGUAGCCUGACAGCUGAUGAUUGAGAAAUAUUACCAUUAUCAACAUACACUACCGUUCAAAAGUUUGGGGUCACCCAGACAAUUCUGUGUUUUCCAUGAAAAGUCACACUUUUAUUUACCACCAUAAGUUGUAAAAUGAAUAGAAAAUAUAGUCAAGACAUUUUUCUGGCCAUUUUGAGCAUUUAAUCGACCCCACAAAUGUGAUGCUCCAGAAACUCAAUCUGCUCAAAGGAAGG